AGGGCAAUCUCUUUUUACAGAAGAAGAAGAAGAAUGAAUACCACCAUUGCAGCUUCAAUACGACGACGGAAUCGAUUCUCUCAAAUUCCCUCUUUUCUACGCUGCAUCUCAUCUGAAUCAACUGACCUACCACCGCCACCGUCUUCUCCAUUCCGACGAAUCGAUUCUUCCUUCACACAGAAAGUCCUAAGUCUUCUACAGACCAAUGAUAUCAACAACAACGAUGAACUCCAUCAUCUUCUCUUUCCACCUACAGAUUCUGAUACUCCUCUCGAUCCAUAUCCAAUGGUCCAAAUCGCUCGUAGUCUCCGCGACAGCAGCAAAGCCUUUCAGUUCUUCGAGUAUCUCCGAACAAAAUCGCCUUCGCCGCCCAAUCUCCUUCUUCUCUCUUCGAUUUACCAGUCAAUUUUUGAACUUGCAAGUCGAGAACGACCUAAUUCGCAAGAGAGACUCUCAGAGCUCUUUGAUAUUUUGCUGAACUAUAGAAUUCCUCUAACAAUCAACUCGGCAACUCUUCUAAUCCGAACCUUCGGUGAAGCUGGAAUGGCGUCGAAAUCGCUUCUUGUUUACAAUGAACUUGAUUCGGGAAUUAAGAACACUCACGUACGGAAUGCAUUGUUGAAGGUACUAUUGAAUAGUGAUAAACUCGAUUAUGCAUUGCAGGUGCUCGAUGAAAUGCUUGAGCCGAACACACAAUUUCCCCCGAAUGAAUGCACUAUGGAUAUUGUCGUCACUUCAUUCCUCCGCCGUGAUUUGAUUGGAACGAGUCCAUACGGCGAUGAAAUCAUGAAAAUCAUUCAGAAACUGAUUGAACACGGUUUGUUUCCUCCGAUGCUUACCUCAUUGAUGAACAAACUAUGUCGAAAUUCAAAGAGUAAGCAAGCUUUAGAUAUUUUAGCUAAAACAAUGGUAAUUGAUGGCAAUGUGAAAGCCACUUCAUGCAAUAUCCUUCUUAAUAGUUUGAGUAAACAACACAGAUUUCAGGAAAUGAAUCUCCUAAUGGCUGAUAUGAAAGAAAAAGGCGUUCAGCCUGACGCUAUAACGUUCGGUAUUUUGAUCAAUCACUUGUGUAAAUUCCAUAGAAUGAAUGAAGCUAUGGAUGUCUUCGAGAGAAUGCAAACCGAAGGAAAUACAGUUAAACCGGAUGCAAUCAUUUUCAAUACGUUGAUAAACGGAUUAUGCAAAGUCGGAAAGCAAGAAGAUGGAUUAGAUUUAUUAACUAAGAUGAAAUCCGAGCGAAUUCAGCCAACUGCUGCUACAUAUAACUGCUUGAUCGACGGUUUCUGCAAAGUUGGUGAAAUGGAUAAGGCGUUUGAACUCUUCGAGACGAUGAAGAUCGAUGGAGUAGAACCGAACGUAAUAACUCUCAACACAUUGGUCGAUGGCCUUUGUAAACACGGAAGAGUCCAUUCCGCAUUAGAAUUCUUGGGUAAGAAUUCCACAACUCUUAAACCAAACGCAGUAACAUAUUCCAUCUUGAUCAAAGCCUUCUGCAACGUGAACAACAUCGAGAAAGCGUUAACAAUAUACAACGACAUGUUGAAGGCUGAAUGUUCCCCGGACCGCGUUCUAUACUUCACGUUGAUCUCCGGUUUAACCCUAGCCGGAAGAUUAAACGACGCCAGCUCAAUCGCGUCCAAAAUGAAACAAUCUGGUUUCCCCCUAGAUAUAACCGCGUACAACACUCUAAUAGGAGGUUUCUGCCGGAAAAACCAACGCGAAAAAGCUUAUGAGAUGCUUGAAGACAUGGAGAAAACCGGGGUUAAACCCGACGUGAUAACAUACAACACUUUGAUGUCAUUCUUAAGUAAAAUCGGAGAUUUGGAGAAGGCAGGUGCAAUAAUGAAGAAAAUGAAAUCGGAAGGAUUGGAACCUACAGUAGUUACUUACGGUACGUUGAUACACGCUUAUUGCUUGGAGGGGAAUCUCAACGAGGCGAUGAAGAUUUUCAAACAUAUUUCUAGUUCUGUUUCUAAGGUUCCGCCGAAUACGGUUGUGUACAAUAUCUUGAUUGACUCUCUUUGCAAGAAUGAUGAGGUUGAAAAGGCGAUUUCUUUGAUGGAUGAUAUGAAGAUUAAACAGGUGAGACCUAACACUGCUACAUUCAAUGCCAUUUUGAAAGGUGUUUAUGGGAUUAAUUGUUUGGAGAAAGGAUUUGAAAUUAUGGAUAUGAUGAUUGAGACAUCUUGUUGUCCUGAUUAUGUAACAAUGGAGAUUCUUACUAAUUGGCUUCCAAAUGUUGGCCAAUCCGAUAAAUUGAAGAGAUUUGUUCGGGGUUUUGAUGCUUUUUCUUCAACAGAUAACCAGGUAUAAUUUAUAUGAAUUUGUGGUGAUGGCAAAUGUUUACAGUUCUUCACUUAUGUUCUAGUUGGGAAACUCAUUUUCUGCUAGAUUUUUUAAUUUGGAUGUGGAAACUGAAAUUUCUCAUAAAAGAAGUGUUUUCAAAUAAUCUCAGGGUUUAGAAGAACUAUGUUCAUUUGGAAAUUGAAAUUAGUUUGUGCCAAAUUUCUCAUCAUAGUAAGGUUAUUCAUAGUCCA